GAAAUCCCAGUGAAUGAUGGCAUAGAUCUGCUGCAGCAUGUCCUUAAUUUUGAAACAAAGGAUCCUCUCAUCCUGUCCUGUGUGCUCACCAACGUCUCUGCUCUCUUCCCAUUUGUCACUUACCGACCAGAAUACCUACCGCAAGUCCUUUCCAAGCUGUUCGCUUCAGUUACCUUUGAGGUUAUAGAAGAAAGUAAGGCUCCCAGAACUCGAGCAGUGAAGAAUGUGAGAAGGCAUGCAUGCUCCUCAAUCAUAAAGAUGUGUCGGGAUUACCCUCAGCUUGUCCUGCCAAACUUUGAGAUGCUGUACAACCACGUGAAGCAGCUGCUCUCCAACGAGCUCCUUCUGACGCAGAUGGAGAAGUGCGCCCUUAUGGAGGCCCUCGUCCUCAUCAGCAACCAGUUCAAGGACUACGAGCGGCAGAAAGCUUUCCUGGAGGAGCUCAUGGCUCCUGUGGCUGGCUUAUGGCUCUCGGCAGAGAUGCAGAGAGUCCUCUCAGAUCCCGAAGCCUUCAUCUCCUACGUGGGUGCAGACAACAAAAUUGCUGAUCCAGUCUUGGAAGAUCCUAGUGGCUUAAACCGCUCUAGAAUAAGCUUUUGCGUGUACACCAUCCUGGGAGUUGUGAAACGGGCUCGUUGGCCUGCUGCUACUGAAGAGGCGAAAGCUGGAGGAUUCCUGGUGGGAUACAUGCCCAGUGGAAGCCCAAUCUACCGUAAUCCCUGUACUGAGCAGGUCCUGAAGCUUCUUGACAACCUCCUUGCUCUUAUAAGGACCCACAACAAUCUCUACAUGCCAGAGAUGGUGGCGAGGCUGGGGGAAACGUUCGCCAAGGCCUUGGACAUGCUGGAGGUGGAGAAGAAUGCCAUCCUAGGUCUCCCUCAGCCUCUGCUGGAGCUUUAUGACUCUCCUGUUUACAAAACGGUCUUAGAAAGGAUGCAGGGCUUCUUUUGUACCCUCUACGACAACUGUUUCCACAUCCUCGGAAACGCAGGCCCCUCCAUGCAGCAGGAUUUCUACACCGUUGAGGGUCUUGCCACCCAGCUCCUCAGCUCAGCUUUCAUCAACCUCAACAACAUUCCUGAUUACAGGCUGCGUCCCAUGCUCCGUGUCUUUGUGAAGCCCUUGGUACUCUCCUGCCCUUCAGAAUACUACGAAACCCUCGUCUGCCCCAUGCUGGGACCACUUUUUACCUACCUGCACAUGAGGCUGUCUCAGAAGUGGCAGGUGAUCAGCCAGCGAAGCAUGCUCUGUGAGGAUGAUGCUGCAGACGACAACCCCGAAUCUCAGGAGAUGCUUGAGGAACAGCUGGUCAGGCUGCUGACCCGAGAAGUCAUGGAUCUCAUCACUGUUUGCUGUGUUUCGAAGAAAGGCGUUGAGCAUAACACUACUGCUGCUGUAGACGGAGACGAUGACGAGGCGAUGGCCACGGAGGUGACUCCCCCUGCCAGCGCAGAGCUCACCGAGCUCGGCAAGUGUCUGACGAAGCAGGAGGAUGUUUGCACCGCACUGCUGAUCACAGCCUACACAUCCCUCUCCUGGAAGGACACCUUGUCCUGCCAAAGAACCACAACGCAGCUUUGCUGGCCGCUGCUCAAACAGGUGCUUCCAGGAAACCUCCUGCCUGAUGCCGUGUCCUGGUUUUACAUAAGCGUGCUGAAGGGCUUACAGAUACACGGGCAGCACGAUGGCUGCAUGGCAGCUCUUGUCCACCUGGCUUUCCAGAUCUACGAGGCCUUGCGCCCUCGCUACACCGAGCUGAAGGCCGUGAUGGAGCAGAUUCCAGACAUCCAGAGGGACUCUCUGGAGCAGUUUGAUUCAAAGCUUCUCAACCCAUCGCUGCAGAAGGUGGCAGACAAGCGCCGGAAGGAUCAUUUCAAGCGCCUUAUCACAGGUUGCAUUGGGAAGCCCCUCGGGGAGCAGUUCCGCAAGGAGGUGCAUAUCCGGAACCUCCCAUCGCUCUUCAAAAAGGUGAAGCCAUCAUUGGAGACGGACAUGAUAGAAAAUGAGGAUGGAGAGGGCCUCACUGCACUCUUUGAGCCCUGAUCCUGGGAUGCUGCAACCAUCUCCUCCCCUACCUUCUAUUUUUGUCUCUCCUCAUAGUAAGCACAUUAGAUUCUCCUUGUCAUCGCCUCCACAAGCGUUCGUCUGAAUAAAGCCCCUUA